CACCACCUAGACGGCAAUGGCGAUGUAGCAUCGUUCGUACGAAUGCUAUUAUAUAAUAUACUGAACUAUUCGAACGAUACUGACCUUUUGAGUUUGUUCUGUUGUGUGUUCUCGUAUGGAGGAAGUGUAUUAAGUUCGGUUGGCAAUUGCCUACUCCAGCUACUUCGACAUCUAUGGAUAUUUACCGCAGUGUUUAUACCUAAUCAUCCGGGGUGGUGACAAUACUGGGAAAGUGUGCUAUAGCUUUGUGUGAUCAAACGAGGUUAAGAAGGUGGCGAAGAAGGUUGUGUUAUUUACCGAUUAUGGCGCUUAUUUUUAUUUCCAUUGUUAUCUUUUGUUGUGUUAGCUAUUGUGCUGUUGUUAUUCUUGCAGAAAAACCACGGAGCUCCCUUCUCGUCACACAACGUUGCUCCAUAGUUAAGUUACACCCAAGUAGCCGAGAUGGCGGCACAAGAUCCCGAUCCUACCGAGUACCUUUUCGUCUCUGCGGAGAUGAAGAGGAAGGACGCUACGAAACCGUACGAUGGCAAAAAGAUGACUUGGGUUCCCGAUGAGAAGGAGGGCUUCGUGAUUGGUAACAUCGAGUCCACUCAAGGCGACAAGGUCGUCGUUGAAACUCCUGACGGCAAGAAGACGUUCAAAAAGGACCAGCUCCAACAGGUCAACCCACCCAAGUACGAGAAAUGCGAAGAUAUGUCCAACAUGACCUAUCUUAACGAUGCUUCUGUACUGCAUAACCUAAGGGAACGUUAUUACGCCAACCUAAUCUACACGUACUCGGGUCUCUUCUGUGUCGCCAUCAACCCGUACAAGAGGUUCCCCAUUUACACUCCUCGUGCCGUUAUGAUCUACAAGGGCAAGAGGAGAACAGAGGUGCCGCCCCAUGUGUUCGCCAUCUCCGACGGUGCUUAUAUGCACAUGCUUACGGAUAACGAAGAUCAGUCCAUGCUGAUUACCGGUGAGUCCGGAGCCGGAAAAACCGAGAAUACGAAGAAAGUGAUCUCGUACUUUGCCAAUGUCGGUAAAAGUGAGAAGAAAGCAGAUGCGGACUCCAACAAGCCGUCGCUCGAAGAUCAGAUUGUGCAAACCAACCCUGUACUUGAGUCAUUUGGUAACGCUAAAACCACCCGUAAUGAUAACUCUUCCCGAUUUGGUAAAUUCAUCCGUAUUCAUUUUGGCCCUACCGGGAAACUGGCAGGUUGCGAUAUUGAGACGUACCUGCUGGAAAAAGCUCGUGUGAUCUCUCAGCAGCCACUUGAGCGUUCUUACCAUAUCUUCUACCAACUGAUGUCUGGCAAGAUCCCUGACAUGAAGAAAAAGCUCCAAUUAAGUGACAACAUAAAGGACUACUAUUAUGUAGCUCAGGGCAAACUGGAGAUUCCUGGAGUCGAUGAUGGAGAAGAAAUGGGCUACACCGAUGAGGCCUUUAAUAUUUUAGGCUUCUCGCCAGAGGAGAAGGAUGGCGUGUACCGCAUCACAGCCGCUGUCAUGCAUUUCGGUACAAUGAAGUUCAAGCAAAGGCCUCGCGAAGAGCAGGCCGAAGCCGAUGGUACCGAACAAGGCGAAAAAGUGGCUGCGCUUUUGGGUCUCGUUGGAGCUGACUUGUACAAAAACCUUUUGAAGCCCAGAAUUAAGGUCGGUACCGAGUUUGUGACCAAGGGUCAGAGCCAGAACCAGGUCAUGUCUGCUAUCGGCGCCCUAUCUAAGGCCAUGUUCGAUCGUCUAUUCAAAUUCCUCGUCAAGAAGUGUAACGAUACUCUUGAUACCAAGCAGGCUCGUAAACACUUCAUCGGUGUACUUGACAUUGCCGGUUUUGAGAUCUUUGACUACAACGGCUUCGAGCAGCUCUGCAUCAACUUCACCAAUGAGAAACUGCAACAGUUCUUCAACCACCACAUGUUCGUACUGGAGCAAGAAGAAUACAAGAGAGAAGGAAUUGAUUGGGUUUUUAUCGAUUUCGGUCUUGAUUUGCAGGCCUGCAUCGAGCUGAUUGAAAAGCCCAUGGGUAUUUUGUCCAUCCUUGAAGAGGAGUCCAUGUUCCCCAAAGCUACUGAUAAGACCUUUGAGGAUAAACUGAACAGCCAGCAUCUCGGAAAAUCGGCUCCGUUCCAGAAACCCAAGCCACCGAAGAGCAAGGAAAUUGGCCCUGCCCACUUUGCUAUUGCCCACUAUGCUGGUACUGUAUCCUAUUCUAUCACUGGCUGGCUCGAGAAAAACAAGGAUCCCCUCAACGAUUGCGUCGUCGAUCAAUUCAAAAAGGGCAACUUGGCUCUCUUACAGACUAUCUUUGAAGACCAUCCCGGACUCGGUGGCGAUGCCAAGGCUGAGGGCGGCGGCAAGGGCGGUGGCCGCAAGAAAGGUUCCGGCUUCCAGACGGUGUCCGGUCUUUAUAGGGAACAACUGAAUAAGCUGAUGCACACCCUGCACUCGACUCACCCCCAUUUUGUGCGUUGCAUCAUCCCCAACGAGUUGAAGAAGCCCCGUGUCAUUGACGCCCACCUUGUCAUGCACCAGCUGACUUGUAACGGUGUGCUUGAAGGUAUCCGUAUUUGCCGUAAAGGCUUCCCUAAUAGGAUGGUGUAUCCUGACUUCCGUCAGCGUUACACGAUUCUUGCGCCCAACGCUGUUCCUAAGGACUUUGCUGGAGAGCCUAAGGAGGCUGGAAGCUUGCUGAUUAGCAACACUGGCCUCGACAAGGACGAAUACCGCAUUGGACUGACCAAGAUAUUCUUCCGUGCCGGUGUUCUGGGUCGGCUUGAGGAAAUGCGCGACGAACGUCUGGCCAAGAUCAUGACCAUGAUUCAGUCGGCCUGCCGUUGGUAUCUCUGUAAAAAGCACUUCGAGAAGCUGAAGGAACAGCGCGUGGCUCUAAAGGUUCUUCAGCGCAACCUUCGGCAGUUUUCUCAAAUGCGCAACUGGGCCUGGUGGAAGCUCUUCACUAAAGUCAAGCCUAUGCUCACCAUGGUUAAGGCUGAGGAUGAGCUUAAAGCUCUUGAGGAUAAGCUAAAGGAGGAAUCCGAAAAACUGGCCAAGGAAGAGAAACUGCGUAAGGAACUGGAGGAACAAAACACUAAAUUACUUCAGGAGAAAAACGACUUGUACAUGCAGCUUGAAAGUGCCAAGGGUGGAGCCGGCGAUCUUGAGCAACAGCUCAGCAAAAGUGCCGCGCAGAAGAAGGAACUUGAGAGACAAAUCAAAGAUUUCGAGGAACGUCUGUCCCAAGAAGAAGGUACUGCCCAGAAACUGAAUCAGACAAAGAAAAAACUUGAAAGUGACAUUCAAGGCUGCAAGAAGGAGAUUGAAGAGCUCAGCAUGAAUUUGCAAAAGGCAGAGCAAGACAAGCAAACUAAGGAUCACCAGAUUCGCUCCCUUAACGAUGAAAUCAAACGCCAGGAGGAAAUAGUUGCCAAGAUAAACAAAGAGAAGAAACAACUACAGGAGCAGAAUGGUAAGACCUCUGAGGACCUCAGUGCCGCAGAGGACAAAAUCAAUCACCUAAACAAGGUGAAGACUAAGCUGGAGCAGUCGAUUGAUGAACUUGAGGAUUCUCUGGAGCGCGAGAAGAAGUCUCGUGCUGAUCUCGAGAAGUCCAAAAGGAAAAUUGAGGGUGACCUUAAAUUGGCUCAGGAAGCUGUCGCCGACCUCGAUCGGGCGAAGAAGGAUUUGGAAGCUGCUGUACAGCGCAAGGAUAAGGAGAUGGCUGCAGUGCAAACGAAACUAGAAGAGGAGCAGUCUCUUAUUGCCAAAUUACAGAAACAAAUCAAGGAACUUCAACAGCGUGUCACUGAUCUUGAAGAUGAGCUUGAAGCCGAGCGUCAGGCCCGUACCCGCGCUGAGCGCGCCCGCCAAGAGCUGUCUCGCGAAAUCGAGCAGUUGUCUGAACGACUUGAAGAGUCCGGCGGAGCUACAUCUGCACAGGUGGAAAUGAACAAACGCCGUGAGGCAGAAAUGGCCAAACUGCGCCAAGAACUGGAUGAGGCUAAAAGCCAGGGUGAACAAGUGGCAAAUGCCCUCAGGGCUAAGAAUAAUCAGAUAGUCCAAGAGAUGACGGAAGCCAUUGACAACCUCACGAAAGCCAAAUCCAAAGCUGAAAAGGACGCCAUGAACUUCAAGUCCCAAGUAAACGACCUGCAGAGCUCUUUGGAUCACGUCAGCCACAAACAGUCAAACGCUGAUAGGCAAACCAAGAUGAUGGAGCAGCAGGUACAUGACCUUCAAUUCCGUCUGGACGAGGCAAAUCGCAGCCUCAAUGACUUCGAUUCUCAGAAGAAGAAGUUGAACAUUGAGAACACCGAGCUGCAGCGCCAAUUGGAGGAGGCCGAAAGCCAGAUCAACCAACUGAACAAACAAAAGGCUGCCCUGGCUAACCAAGCGGAGGAAGCGAAACGCUCAGCCGAUGAAGAGGCCAAGGACCGCAAUGGGAUCAUGAGUAAAUAUCGUAACAUGGAACGUGACUUACAGGUGUUGCGAGAUGCUGUCGAUGAAGCUGAAGAAGCGAAAGCCGAUUUACAGCGCCAGCUAUCCAAGGCUAACGCCGAUGCUCAACUGUGGCGUGGCAAGUACGAGUCCGAAGGUCUGCUUCGCCUCGAGGAACUUGAGGAAGGCAAAAGGAAACUUCAAGCUAAACUGAGCCACGCUGAAGAAAAUGUCGAAUCUUUAAACCAGAAGGUCGCUAAUCUCGAGAAGACCAAGAACCACCUGCAAGGUGAGGUCGAUGAUAUGCAAGCUGAAGUUGACCGAGCCCAACAGCUCGCCCAGCAGCUCGACAAAAAGCAAAAGUCAUUCGACCGCGUCAUUGCCGAAUGGAAGUCAAAGACUGAUAGCCUUGCUGCCGAACUGGAAGACUCGAAGAGGGAAGCGAGAAAUUUCUCGACAGAAGUAUUCAAGUUGCGUGCUCAGUGCGAUGAAGCCCACGAGCACUGUGAGACUCUAAAGAAGGAGAACAAGAAUCUCCAGGAUGAACUCAAAGAGGUCGUUAAUCAGCUAGGCGAGGGAGGUCGCUCAUCUCAUGAGGUCGAGAAGAACCGUAAGAGGCUCGAGAGGGAGAAGGAGGAGCUCCAACACGUUCUCGAAGAGGCUGAGGCCGCAUUAGAACAAGAGGAAAACAAAGUGCUCCGCGCUCAGCUUGAACUUAGCCAAGUGCGACAGGAGAUUGAGCGUCGCAUCCAUGAGAAGGAGGAAGAGUUUGAAAACACUCGCAAGAACCACCAGCGCGCUAUAGACUCGAUCCAGGCUUCGCUUGAGGCUGAAAGCAAAGCAAAGGGCGAGGCUAUGCGUGUUAAGAAAAAGCUGGAAUCGGACAUCAAUGAGCUCGAAAUCGCUCUCGAUGGCGCCAACCGUUCCAAGGUUGAAGCUGAGAAGAACGCCAAAAAAUACCAACAGCAAAUUCGGGAGCUGCAGGGCCAAUUGGAGGAUGAACAACGAAACAACAGCGAAAUCCGUGACAAGUACGUCGAUGCCGAGCGCCGCGCAAACCAACUGCACGGAACUGUUGAGGAGGCCAAGACUCUGGUGGAGAAUGCCGACCGCGCCCGUCGCGCUGCUGAGAAUGAGCUGUACGAACUGAAAGAAGCCUGUGGUGACCUUACCGGCAACCACUCUUCUUUGGUUAUUGCUAAGAAGAAGCUUGAGGGAGAGAUGGCUGCACUUCAGAACGAUCUGGAUGAAAUGAUCAAUGAGUGCAAAGCGUCGGAGGAGCGUGCCAAGAAAGCAAUGGUCGACGCUGCCCGUCUGGCCGAUGAGCUUCGCGCCCAUGCCGAUGUCGCCACAAAUGCUGAAAAGUCCAAGAAAACUAUGGAGGCUCAGAUGAAGGAUAUGCAAGCCCGUUUAGAGGAGGCCGAAAAGGACUCGAUAAAGGGUGGCAGGAAAUACAUUGUCAAACUUGAGAGCAAAUGCAAAGACCUCGAGCAUGAACUUGAAAACGAGAUUCGCAAAGGAGCUGAGCAUGCAAGGAGUUCGAAGAAAGCCGAAAGGAGAAUUAAAGAGCUGCAGUUCCAGGCUGAGGAGGAGAAAAAGAACUUCGAUCGCAUGCAUGAACUCGUUGACCAGCUACAAAAUAAGGUCUCAACUUACAGAAAACAGCUGGAAGAUUCCGAGGAAAUCGCUUCGAUGAACCUUGCCAAGUUCAAGAAAGCCCAACAAGAGCUUGAAGAUGCUGACGAGCGUGUUCGCUCAGCUGAGCAACAGAUCCAGAAAUUGCGCUCCAAAAUCCGUAGUGGAACACCCUUGUAGACAAAAGUCUGCUUAGAUGCACGAUAAUGGAUAUGUAAGUGUAUUGCUUCAAAUAUGUUUGCAAAAGCAGAUGAUGUAAUACUAAACACGGAAGCUAAUACAGAUACCCGAUUCGAUUGUUUCUAAAAUAGCUGCAGAAGAUGAUCGAAAUUAAGGUAAAAGACACUAUAUAUUAUCAUAUACUGGCGCAUUGUAUCAAAAGAGGAGCUUGGGCAAGAAGUGACAGGGAGGUUGGCACGCGGCAUUUUGAAGUACGUAAGUAGAAACAAGAAAAAUAAAUAGACUGUAGAUCAAUAAUUCGAUCAGCUAUACUUUUUCGUUGAAUACUAAUGUAUUCAUUAUGGCAGUUGCUUAGGAAAAACACACAAUCGAUGGCUUGACCCGUCCGCCUCUAUUGUAAUAUGGAAUGGAUUUCAUUACUCGUCUCUCGAAGGCGCAAUAACGAAUAACCAAUUAAUAAAUGGAAGCAGAACUAAA